UUUUGAAUUAAUUUAGAAAAACUAUCGGCAGAUGGCGUUGGUAUUCGUAUUCGUAUCGUAAACGUGAAAUGUUGCGAAGAUUGAAACUUUGAAUGUAAAUUUCAAGUAAAAAGAAAUGAAUUCAGAAUUAAUAUUUAAUGAAGAUGAUCUCCCUUAUGAAGAAGAAAUUCUUCGUAAUCCUUACUCAGUAAAACAUUGGAUGAGGUAUAUAGAAUUCAAAAAAGAUGCUCCUAAACAAGUAAUUAAUAUGAUCUAUGAAAGAGCAUUGAGAGAGUUACCAGGAAGCUACAAAUUAUGGUAUAACUAUUUAAAAUUACGAAGAAAACAAGUUAAAGGUUAUUGCAUUAUUGAUCCUGAGUAUGAAGAUGUUAAUAAUACUUUUGAGAGAGCUUUAGUAUUCAUGCAUAAAAUGAUUCGAAUUUGGUUAGACUAUUGUCAGUUUCUUAUAGACCAACGUAAAAUUACAAGAACUAGACAUGUGUUUGAUAGAUCACUUGAAGCACUUCCAAUUACUCAGCACCAUCGUAUUUGGCCAUUAUAUUUGAAAUUUGUUUGUAUGUAUAAUAUACCUCAAACUGCUGUUCGAGUUUAUCACAGAUAUUUAAAACUAUAUCCUGAGAAUGCUGAAGAAUUUAUUGAUUAUCUAAUAUCUGUUGGAUGGCUAGAUGAUGCAGCUGUUGAACUUGAAAAAAUAGUAAAUAAAGAAGAUUUUGUGUCUAGAGAUGGAAAAUCUAAAUACCAAUUGUGGAAUGAGUUAUGCAACCUAAUAUCUAAAAAUCCUGACAAAGUUAGAUCAUUAAAAGUAGAUGCAAUUAUUAGAGGUGGUUUAAGAAGAUACACAGAUCAACUUGGACAAUUAUGGAACUCAUUAGCAGAUUAUUAUACACGUAGUGGAUUAUUUGAAAGGGCACGGGAUGUGUAUGAAGAAGCUAUUCAAACUGUAAUGACAGUAAGAGAUUUUACUCAAGUAUUUGAUGCAUGUGCACAAUUUGAAGAAAGUCUUAUCAGUGCAAAAAUGCAAGAGACUGCAAAACUUGGUCCUACAGAAGAAGAUGAUUUGGACUUGGAUUUAAGAUUAGCUCGUUUGGAAGAUUUGAUGGAUAGAAGGCCUUUGCUAUUGAAUAGUGUUCUAUUAAGGCAAAAUCCUCAUAAUGUUCAUGAUUGGCAUAAGCGAGUGAAAUUAUUUGAAGGAAAGCCUAGAGAGGUAAUAAACUUUGAAGGAGCACUUUCUUUGAUGCAACGGGCAACAGCUGCACCUCCUAGGAAAGUAGCUUAUCACGAUCAGAGUGAACCUGUACAGUUUCGUCUAUAUAAGUCAUUGAAAAUAUGGUCGAUGUAUGCAGAUUUAGAAGAAAGUUUUGGAACUUUCAAGUCCUCAAAAGCUGUUUAUGAUCGUAUAAUUGAUUUGAAGAUUGCAACACCACAAAUUAUCAUCAACUAUGGAUUAUUUUUAGAAGAAAAUAAUUACUUCGAAGAGGCUUUCAAAGCUUAUGAAAAAGGAAUUGCAUUAUUUAAAUGGCCAAAUGUUUAUGAUAUCUGGAAUACAUAUUUAAUUAAAUUUUUAAAGAGAUAUAAAGGAACAAAACUGGAACGUGCAAGAGAUCUUUUUGAGCAGUGUCUAGAAGGUUGUCCAGCAAAAUUUGCUAAGUCACUCUAUCUGUUAUAUGUGAAACUGGAAGAAGAACACGGUUUGGCCAGACAUGCCAUGACCAUCUACGAUCGAGCAACUCGUGCUGUUCCUCCUGAAGAUCAGUUUGAGAUGUUUAAUAUAUACAUUAAAAAAGCAGCAGAAAUUUAUGGUGUUACUUAUACAAGACAAAUUUAUGAAAAAGCUAUAGAAGCUCUUCCAGAUAGUCAAGCUAGAGAAAUGUGUUUAAGGUUUGCAGAUCUAGAACGUAAAUUAGGGGAGAUCGAUAGAGCGAGAGCUAUUUACGCUCAUUGUAGUCAAAUGUGUGAUCCAAGGACAACAUCAGAAUUUUGGCAAACAUGGAAAGAAUUUGAAAUACGACAUGGCAAUGAAGAUACAAUGAGAGAGAUGCUGAGAAUGAAAAGAAGUGUACAAGCUACUUACAAUACACAAGUCCACUUUAUGUCUUCUCAGAUGUUAACUGCUGCUGUUGCUGCAGCAGGAGGAACACCUGAAAUACCAACUGCAUUACAAGAUAAAAUGAAAUUACUUGAAGCCAAAGCACAAGCCUUGGCAGAAGAAGCUCAAAAAGAUGUGCCAAAAAUGCCAGGAAGAAAAGAUAUCUUAUUUGUUAGGGGUGGAACAACUGCAACAGAAGAGGAAUUGGCAGAAUUAAGUAAAACAACAAAUCCUGACGAAAUUGCAAUUGACGAUGAUUUUGAAAGUGAUGAUGAUGAAAAGGUUGAAGAAAUUGAAGUGGAACAGAGGACUGUUCCUACAGAAGUGUUUGGUGAACUAAAAAGAUGAAACCUUUUUCUAAUUAAUAAAAUACAGACAACUUUUAGCAUAAAUAAAGUUUAAAUAUUUAUUUACAUAAAUCAUCU